AUGUCCCAGGUCUGCCAGUUCCUGAAAAGUGGGGCUACCACAGUGUGGAACGCUCCUCAGGAGACCCCGUAUUCCUACAAAGGAAAUCAGUGGAUCGGCUAUGACAACCCGAAGAGCUUUGCCAUCAAGGCUAAGUGGCUGCUGGAGAACAAGUUUGGAGGUGCCAUGGUUUGGGCUAUUGACCUGGAUGACUUCCUCGGCACGUUCUGUGGGGAAGGCAAAUACCCUCUGAUGAAUUCCUUGAAAUCUGCCCUUGGCGUCACCACCCCCA